AUGAUGCCUAAUGAAUGUGAAUCUUGUGUUGUAAGUAUUAGAGACUUCCAAGAUCACGCCAGGAAGUUGUCGAAGAAGUUCGUAAGUAUUAUUUUUGCGGUUUCAUGGUUUAAGACUGGAGGAAUAAGUCCACAACUGUCGUUCAGAAACAAGGCGGUAGAAAUGCUUCCCUCAAUUUUUUUGAAAAGUGGAAUGAUGAAAGUGGAGAAGGCAUGAGAAAGAAGGACGAAAAAGUUAAUUUUUCGGAUUGCUUCCUAACGAUUGUUGUGGUCUUAUUUCUCCACUGUUAUUUAAAACGAUUAAAAUUAUGAAAGUUUAGGGUGAACCGGGCGUGGCAGAGGGCGUUUUCCUUGACCUGAUCGAAGAUUUCUGUCCAAGAAUGAUGGAGUACAGAGUUCAUAGAGAGAAAGCGGGAGUUCAGAGGUUCCAGAAAAGUGAAAGUGCUCUGAUUCAUAAAUUAAAGGAUAUGGCCAGCAAAGGAACCAAUGUAAGAAUUGUUUCCUUUUUUUAGUCGUUGAAAUUUGCAAGGUUUAUCUUUAUGUUAUAGAUCAAAGCAGAUAUACCCAUGAAUCUCUGGGAUGAACCUCCAGUGGAGGCAGCUAGGCUAAAGUUUGAUUGUGAGAAAAUUCUGGAAGAAAAUGAAGAGAUUCUGGAGAAAUGGUUCCACAAAACGAGAUUUGACAAGGAUUUGGUGGUGGGUUCAGGACUUCUACACUUCAUGGAGUUGAUGUAUUGAUGAUGACUUUACCUGUUUUUUAGGACGCCGUUUGUUAUAAUGCUGAUGACGCACCGUGCAAGAAUGGAAGGGAAGAUCUCUAA